AUGGCGUUCAUCUCUAGCUUCCGACGCGUUCUUGGCGGAUCUUCCGCUGCUCUUCAAUCCCAAUUCGUCUCCAUUCGUCACAAUUCAACUCUCACUUCCCCCAAGCUAUUCAUCAGCGGUCUUUCCAGAUUAACAACAGAUGAAAAGCUUCAAGAGGCAUUUUCUCCAUUUGGGCAGAUUGUAGAUGCGAAAGUGGUUAUCGAUAGGGCGUCAGGAAGAUCAAAGGGGUUUGGUUUCAUCACAUACACGUCCAUUGAAGAGGCCGAGCAAGCUAGACAGGGAAUGAAUGCCAAGUUCUUAGAUGGGUGGGUUAUUUUCGUUGACCCUGCAAAACCUAGGGAGCCUAGGCCUCCACCUCAAGCACAGCCAAAUCCUUCUGAAACUGGUUUCAGAACCAACAAGACCAUUGGAUGGUGUGGAUGA